CUUUUAGGGCAACCGUGAACUCUCUUACCACACGUUCAAGAAAGGAGUUUAAUAUAAUGAUGGUUACAACACUUGUAAGGCCGAUGUUCUGGAUGAUUCUUGUACAAACUUAGAAACAUGCCAUCAUUUUUUCAACCCAUCGACACGCCUCAAUAUUCGAUUACAACAAUUCGACAUUUUCACAACCUAUUUUCACUCUUCAUUGUCAAUUUACGCGAGUAGAACAAGCUUCAUCAACAGAGAGAUGACAUCUCGUGCACAGGCCUUGGUGAAAGGACUUGGCUUGCCUGCUGCACUACUACACACUACAACACACAGUCGUCUAUUAAAGGUCCCACCGCAAUAACGACCGCCGGAAUAUACUAUUUACAAUUUCUCUACCAACGCCGAUUCUGUGGAAUGUCUAUUCCAAAAGCCGCCCUGGCUGCGUCAAAUCAAACAAUGACGGGAGGCCCACAUCCCAUUCUCUGUUUAUCCUGAAAAGAAGGCCCUGGUAAUUGAUUCUAUCAAAGGCAAGGCCAUACAACGGAGGAGACGAAAUAUUCAAAGUGGUCUUAGUUCAGGUGUACAAAAUGAACGAGGAAUCAAGUCAAAAUGAUAAAGAAAAUGUCAUCAGGGAAGUUCUUGGAGAGGUUCUGGAGAGCAUUGAAUUGGAUACCGAAGCCUUGCAAGUCAAUGCUCAAGGUCUCAAAGAGGGACAGAUUCGUGUGCCCCAAUCCGUCAUAGUGGUUCCUAGUCAGAAGAUGGUGGUUGUCGGAUUCGACUCGGGCGAAAUGCAAUUCUAUUUUGGAUUGCCGGACAAGUUGGAAUCUGGCUCUGGAUUCAAGAUUUCGGACAAGGAUCCCGUGGCUCAUUUGGACCACGCCUCGAAUUGGUGCCCGUUUUCAAAUGUCAAAGUGGACAAAGGUUCAGUUUCAUCCGUUGUUGUAGCUUCCAGCGGUUUGGGAGAAGCUCUCACUUUGUGGUGGAUCUUGGAUCAAGAAAUUCGUUUGCCGUGGAUCAAGUAUCAGUUUCCGAGUUCCGGAUACAUCCUCACGGACCUGGCCUUUUGUCGACGGAUGAGCAAGGUCAUUGUUGGGACUCAGAAAGGCCGGCUCCUAAUUUACGAGAGCCAAAUCCAACGCUUUGCUGACAUGGGACAAAUGGAAGAGGUUGUUAUGGUGAAAGUGGCACAUGAGGGUCGCAUUAAUUGUAUCCACCCUGAUGAACAAUGGUUGUUAUCCAGCGGAUCCGAUGGCAGGGUGGCCAUUUGGAUGUGGGAAGCGGAUCAGUUUCUGCACCAAAUUGGCAGCUUGUUCAUCACAAACCUGCCCAUCUUAUCCGUGUACCCUUGUGGUCCCAACGAAUUAAUCUGCACCUUGGACUCCUACAUCUUGUCCCUUCACAUUCUACGAAAUCCGGCCAAUCGACGUCAAUGCUCCUUGCGACAAAACCCACGUGGCCACGUGAAAAUGGAACCAUCGGGAGGCAAGGUCACACCUUCCAGCAGUGGAAUGGCAGUGUUGCGAGGACAUGAUUUUGAUCCCCAGGAUCGAUUGUUCUUAGUCCUACGAGAGGAUUCCAAAGAGUUGCAAGUAAUUGGUCAGGGUAUUGGUCUCUCCGUUUUGACCAAAGGUCAGUCUUGCUUGGCUUUCCAUUAUAACCAUGGCAAGACGGCAACGGCAAUGGUUGUUAUGGACAAGUCGACCAAGAAACCGUCAAUUGUAUUUAGAAUGAAGAAAGUGAAUAACUGAACCUCUUUCAAGUUCGUUUGAAAAUGAUAGUGUGAUAGGCUUCUAAACACUGGAUGUCGGAUGACAGACCAUUCGGUUGGCUAAACAAUGCAAUCAACCGGUUUGGGAUCAAUUCCCAGGAGACCAUCCAUUGUACUGUUAUACCAAUCGUCCGACAUCCAGUGUCUGGAAACCUAUGGCUAGACAUCCUUUACAUUCUUUAUGGCAGUUAUUUAAUAGAGAUGAGCAAAUAAAUGAAAACGGACGAGGUUUGGGCGAAACAUGGAAC